CAGCACUCAGUGCCCGUGGCCCAUGGGCAAAAGAAAGCCCAAAAGAAAAGUGAAAUUGAAGGAGGGAGGUUUUGAAGCGCCAUUCAGAAACCUGAACCCUUCCUCCUUACGCAGCAAUGGCGGGUGGCGACGACGGCGGCGGGAAAAUUGACGGAGGAACUGUCAUCGAGAACAUUGCCGUCGAAGGAAUCGGAAACGGAAAGCCACCGUCUCCGACGGAGGAACCUACUCAUCCACCUGCUCCUGCAGCGCUCUCCAAAAGCGCGCAGAAGAAGCUGUUGAAGCAGCAGAGGUACGAGGCGAAGAAGGCCGAGAAGAAGGCGCAGGCGAAGGAGCAGAAGAAGAAGGAAGUUGAGCGGAAGCGAAAGGAAUGGGAGGAAGCGCUGGCGGCGGUGCCGGAGGAAGAGAGGUUGAAGUUGUUAGAGUCGAGGAAGGCAUUGAGGAAGGAGAGAAUGGAGCAGAGAUCGGAGGAAAAGAAUGCCAAGUUCGAGCGGCUGAGCAGGGCGAGAGAACAAGGGCAGAAGAUCGUCAUUGAUCUUGAGUUCUCCGAUCUCAUGACGACGUCGGAGAUUCACAGCCUAGUUCAGCAGAUAAUGUACUGCUAUGCUGUCAAUGGAAAAUGUGAAACACCUGGGCAUCUAUGGUUAACGGGUUGCCUGGGGGAGAUGGAAACCCAGCUGAGAACACUACCCGGGUUCGACAAGUGGAUAAUCGAGAAGGAAGCUCGAUCAUACAUCGUAGCAUUUGAAGGUCAGAAGGAGAACCUGGUGUACCUCACAGCAGAUGCUGAAACCGUGCUAGAUGAACUUGAUGCAAGCAAAGUAUACAUCGUUGGCGGGUUGGUCGACAGGAAUCGGUUUAAAGGGAUAACCUUGAAGAAAGCAGAGGAGCAAGGGAUCCAGACUGCAAAACUCCCCAUCGGCAACUUCUUGAAGAUGUCUAGCUCUCAGGUGCUUACUGUGAACCAAGUCAUGGAAAUUCUGCUCAAGUACUUGGAAACUAGGGAUUGGAAGGAGGCCUUCUUCCAAGUGAUUCCACAGAGGAAAAGAUGCGAAGCUGAUCCGGCAGGCGAUGGGGAAGUAGAAGAGGAAGGAGAUGAACAGCCAUCUGAGAGUAAGAGGAAGUGUACUGAGGUUCCUAGUAGCUAGUAAGAAUCCCCAAUCUUUAUGGCUCCUCUCAUGAAUUAACUCUGAAAUCCUGA